UUGAAAGAGCUUUCAAAAAGGUCAAUAAUGGUUUUUAAAUGCCAGGAGAAUAGUUUUCUUACAGAAUUUAAAACCAAGGUCAUUUCGUGUGAAAAAGUUGAUAAAGGUUACAAUGUGAUUUUCGAAGACACUGUACUUUUUCCCGAAGGCGGCGGACAGCCCUCUGACCACGGACAUGUGAACGACCGGGUUGUAAAAUCCAUCAUACGAAAGGGCGCCGAAGCUAUUCAUUUCAUUGAAGACGAAGCUGAUAGCACUCCACCAUUUAUUGCCGGUCAAGAAGUCAUUCAGCUUGUCGACUGGACUCGUCGUUUCGAUCAUAUGCAGCAACAUUCUGGUCAGCAUUUAAUUACAGCUAUUUUUGAUCGCGAGUAUAAAUGCAACACCAAAUCUUGGUGGCUAGGAGGCGAAAGUUCGUACAUAGAUCUUGAUGCGAAAGAUAUAAGCCACAAACAAUUGGAGCGGAUUGAGCGUAUCUGCAAUCAACUUAUCGUUGAUUGCACACCUGUAGAAGUAAACGUGUAUGAACCGAAUGAUCCGGCUUUGAAGUCUGAUGUCACGCGAGCAACCCGUGGGCUUCCGGACGACGUAACUGGACCACUUAGAGUGGUGACCAUAGCCGGCAUCGAAAGCAACAUGUGUUGUGGGACGCACGUGCGAAAUUUGGGCCAGCUCCAAUCGAUAAAACUGCUUAGUGUUGAGAAAACCAAAAAUAAGUGUCUGGUACACUUUCUGGUGGGAGGACGUGUUCUUCGAAAGCUUUCGGAGUGCUACGAAAGGGAAGUACAACUAAACACUCUCCUAAACGGUGGUCCAUCUGCACACAUCGAUUUAGCCAAGAAACUUCAAUCCACGGUACGGACCACACAGCGUAUUGCCAAAAAGCUUACAAUCGAGUUGGCCUCAGCAGAGGCAGAAAAGUUGAACAGUCUACGGGAUGCUCUACCUAAAUAUGUAUUCCUUCAUCGUAGUGAUGGUCAGGAUUCAGAUUUCAUCUCAACCUUCCUGCGCAUGGUGAAGCUUCCCGAGUGUUUUUUCUUUCUCACGAACUCCGAUACUGACGGUAGUGGUAAGGGUCAACUUGUUUUGCAAGGCAAACAGGAGGAUGUAGCUCAGUUAGGUCCAGAAAUUUGCACCAUGCUGGAUGGAAAAGGUAAUGGAAAGGGAACACGCUUCAAUGCUAAGGUUAACAAACUUCAAAAUUUGACCCUCUGCGAAAAUUUAAUUCGGAAGCAUUUUCCGCAUGAAGAUUCUGUCGUUGAAAAGUAAUAAAACGG